GCAAUCAAGCCAUCCUACACAAAUCCAAUUCGUGCAAGGGUCCAAGUAUGGCCAAGACAGAGGAUGCAAAGAAGGGGAUACAGAAUUUGGAUGCUGGAAUACCGCUAAAGAGGUCUGAGGGGUUGGUUUUAGUGAUGGAUACGCCAAAAGGAAGAGGGGUUUUUGCCAGCAGAGACAUUCCCGGAAGAACGGUGCUUGAGGUCUCACCUGUUCUGGUACUGGAUCCAUUGGAAAAUGAAGAGCACAUUAGGAAGACGAAUCUAUACAAUUACACGUAUAACUGGCCAUACAAUCCUCCUGUUGGAGCGAAUUCCCAAGGCGCUAACUCUGCCAAAUUUCCAUCAACGACCCAAGCAGUUAUUCUCGGGCUUGGAAGCAUGUUCAAUCACUCAACGCUUCACCAGAAUGUCGGCUGGGACCGAGACGUUAAGAACCUCCUCGUCACGUACAUCACACUUCGAGAUAUCAAGGCUGGAGAAGAGCUGUGCAUUUCCUAUGGACAACGACUAACGUUCAAGGACAAGGACGAAGAAGAACCCGAGAUAAGAUCUGAAGAUUGGACAGACGCUUUGGCUAUAAUUGACCUAAUUGAUUGA